AUGUAUUGUCUUUGUCGACAGCCUUAUAAUGUGAACCACUUCAUGAUUGAGUGUGACCUGUGCCAGGACUGGUUUCACCAUAGCUGUGUUGGGAUUAAAGAAGAAAACGCUGUUGACAUUGACAUCUACCACUAUCCAGACUGUGAGGUUGUAUUUGGGCCUUCCAUUAUGAAAAGCUGGUGUGGAUCAUCUAGAAUGCGUGAAGCUCUCAGGGAGCCAUUGAUGACUGGAAGCCCUAUCUCUACUCACCAAAUCCAGGGUAGGAUUUUUGACAGUUCUGACAAAGUGAUUUUGAAGCCCACAGGAAGUCAGUUAACAGUAGAAUUCCUGCAAGAAUGUAGCUUCAGUACACCUAUCCAUGUCUUGAAGAAGGAUGGCUUGGGGAUGGCACUUCCACCGACAUCAUUCACUGUCAGAGAUGUUGAACAAUACGUUGGUUCUGACAGAGAGAUUGAUGUGAUCGAUGUGGCCUGUCAGGCUAGCAGCAAGAUGAUGUUGGGAGAUUUUGUGAAAUAUUAUUACAGCAGGAAGAGGGAAAAGGCCUUUAAUGUUAUUAAUUUGGAAUUCUCUAAUACUAGGCUUUCUAAUAUAGUAGAGAUACCCAAGAUAGUUCGUAAGCUUUCCUGGGUUGAAAACUUAUGGCCAGAAGAGUGUGGCUUUGAGAGACCCAAUAUACAGAAGUAUUGCCUUAUGAGUGUGCAGAAUAGCUAUACAGAUUUUCACAUUGAAUUUGGUGGCACUUCAGUCUGGUACCAUGUACUUAAGGGUAAGAAGAUCUUCUACCUGAUCUGCCCAACAGAUGCUAACCUGAUUCUUUUUGAGUGUUGGAGCAACUCUUCUAACCAAAAGGAAAUAUUCUUUGGUGGCCAGGUAGACAGAUGUUACAAGUGUUCUGUGAAGCAAGGACAGACACUUUUCAUUCCUACAGGAUGGAUCUAUGCUGUGUUGACCCCUGUGGAUUGCCUAGCAUUUGGGGGAAACUUCUUACACAGUUUAAACAUUGAAAUGCAGCUCAAAGCCUAUGAAAUUGAGAAACAUCUGAGGACAACAGACCUCUUCAAGUUUCCAAACUUCGAGACCAUCUGUUGGCAUGUGGGGAAACACAUCCUGGACAUCUUUAAAGGUUUACGGGAGAAUGGGAGAUGUCCUGCAUCCUACUUGGUCCGUGGUGGUAAAGCUCUAAAUUUGGCCUUUCAAGCUUGGACAAGGAAAGAAGUUCUGCCUGACCAUAAUGAUAAGAUCCCAAAGACAGUGCAGACCAUACAGCUCAUUGAAGAUCUGGCUUGGGAAAUUUGUCUGGUUGAAGAUAACUUCCAACAGAACAACCCAAAGGCAAGUACUACCUUUAGGCUCCAGCAGCUCCAUACCAAUUCCUCUACCUUAGCUAGGCCAGCUCAUCCCACUUCAGUAUCCAAGUCUAAAUUAUCACUGCCCUCCAAAAGUAGUUCAGAAAAGAAAAGCCUGAAGUAUAAAGACAUCUUUAAGAAGGAAGAACAGAUGAGCAAGGAGAGUUCAGUUCUGACUCCUAAUUAUCAACAUAGCUGUAAUUUCAUGGAUCUAAAUAAUCAUCAACAAUGGGAGGUAGGCUCUUUCCAAAACAGAGAGUUUAACAUCACUAGUACUUGUUUGAAUGAUUCAGAUAACUCAAAAUAUGACAAAGUCUUCAAUGGAAAUGAGAGCAUGAUGCCUCUGUUGAUGGCUAAUGGCCGUAAGAAGAGGGUAAAGAGCUUGUCCAAUUCUUGGCAAGCCAAAAUCACAAAGAAGGAAGAUAAAUCAAGGUUGGUGAAAGAACAAGUGGUGGUAGACACAUUUAAUUCGGAUUUAAAUGAUGAGCUACAGAUUGAAAAGAAAUUAGGCAAAGAGAAAGUGAGUCUGGUGGUAAGACCAAAAAUUCCCCCAAGUUUGCCCCAUGUGAAAUUUUGCUCUGACCAAAACCAAAGUCAUGAGCCAGGGGAAACUGAGAUCACCAUUAUAGAGAACUAUAAAAUAGAUGAGGAAAUGGUGGAAAGGGUUGAAUGCAAGCUUAAGAACGGAAGUGAAUCUGAUGGAAUUAUUGAUCCACUAAAGGCCAGGAAACUGGUGGGUGGACCUGGCUGUGUUGUCCUCACUGAUGACCCAGACUCUUUCAGCAAUAAGGAAGAUAUCCAGGACACUGUGUUCAUGUCUGAUUUGCAGUCUUCACCUCCUUCACCAGCUUCCUCCAGCCUUCAGGCAUUUUGGAGUGGAGGACAAGACCAAGGCAACAGAAGCCCCAGCAGUAUCUUGGGCACAGUGUCUAACAGUCCUGUUUCUCAGCACACCCCAAGGAAAUGGCCCAUUAAGCGGCUAACAUACUGGAGAAAUGAAAGUGAGGAGGAAAAUGUUUGUGUAGAUGAGCAAGACAGCUUAGGAGAAUGCUUCAAGGGAGCUAAGUAUAUCUUCUUAUCUCUGGAAUCUGAUGAUGAUGAUGACAACGAUGAUGAUGAUGACGACGACGCUGCUUUGAGAUUUCUACCAAAGAAAAGGAAGAUAUCAGGUAAUACCCCAAGGAUUCCUAGGGCAGGUGAGAUCCCAACACUACCAAAGCAGGACCGUUCUGUGCCUGUGGGUAACAGAGUUGGCUCCAUUGAGAUAGACUGGGCUACAGCAGCUACAAAGCUGGCACAGCAGGUGAACAACAUGAAGCUCACUCUCACUAGUCCAGGAAAAAGCAGUCAAUAA